ACCGAGUCGAGGCUUGGACCAGCCAUCAAACGCAGCAAGAAAACAGACGAGCGAUGGCCGACCGUCGCCGCCGAUCCCGAUCCCGGUCGCGUGACCGGAGCGACGCCCGACAGCGGUCGCGGUCCCGCAGCCGAGAGCCGCGUCAGCGCAAUGGCAACGUCAAGCCACGCGACUUUACACACCUCGUGGAUGGCGGCAAGGGCGAGAAGUUUGCCUGGGGUCAGCCCGAGGAGCCCAAGGACCCGAACGAGGAGCCUGUUGUCGUGCAGAAGCCCAACUUUGGUUUGAGCGGCGCUUUGGCGAAAGACAGCGCGACGGGCAACACGCGGAAUGGCGUUGUCAUGAAGUGGUGCGAGCCGCCCGAAGCCCGCGUGCCCGACAAGCGCUGGCGCCUCUACGUCUUCAAGAAGGAUGAAAACAUUGCUACGCUGCACUUGCACCGGCAGAGCGCGUGCCUCUUUGGUCGCGACAAGAAGGUGGCCGACGUCUUCAUGGAGCACGAGUCGAUCUCCAAACAGCACGCGGUAUUGCAGUUCCGGCUGCGCGUGACGGAGCACCGGGCGUCGGAGCUCGACCAGCCCGAGCUCAUCCAGACCAUCAAGCCGUACAUCAUGGACCUCAAGAGCACGAACCACACGUUUCUGAACGGCAAGAAGAUUGACCACUCGCGCUACAUUGAGCUCCGCGAGCGCGACGUGCUGACCUUUGGCGAAAGCUCGCGCGAGUACGUGCUCAUGGUCACCAACAAAUAAAGGAUUCUCGGGGAGCA